CAUUUAAUGAUUAAACAUUCGGUGCCUUCUUUAUGUUCAGUACCGGCCGGAUUGGUAGUUUUUGUUUGAGUUUGCAACUGUUUGCGAGUGAUUCACGGUUGUUUACGAAGUUAGCGCGAGAAAUGAGAAAAUGUGCGUUUGAAUUAAAUGCAAAAUCUAUGAAAUUUCAGGGUCACCCUGUGAUAACAGUACGAUCCGUCACUCAGUUUGUAGUAAACGCCAAAAUGACAGCUUUACAUUUAUAAGUUAGUUUUUUUACAAGUAUUUUACACAGUAAAUCGCAAUAGAAAGUGUACGGAUAUAUUCUACAAUGGCCCAAUCAAAGGACAAAAUGUCAGAAAUUGACGAACAUAUCAUGAAGAGGUUCGAUAUCCAGAAAAGAUUGGGAAAGGGUGCUUACGGAAUUGUCUGGAAGGCCAUCGACAGAAAAACCAAAGAAGUCGUGGCAGUUAAGAAGAUAUUCGAUGCUUUUCGAAAUCAGACUGACGCUCAAAGAACUUUCAGGGAAAUAAUGUUCUUGCAAUCGUUCAAAAAUCACCCUAAUAUCGUUAAAUUGCACAGUAUUCACAGAGCUGCCAACAACAGAGACAUCUAUUUAGGUUUCGAGUAUAUGGAAACGGAUCUGCACAACGUCAUAAAGAGAGGGAACAUACUUAAAGACAUACACAAACGAUACAUUAUGUACCAGCUGCUGAAAGCAAUGAAAUACAUCCACUCUGGGAAUGUCAUCCACAGAGAUAUGAAACCAAGUAAUGUAUUAUUGGACAGUCUGUGUAGAUGUAAAAUUGCCGAUUUUGGAUUGGCUAGGUCUUUAUCACAAAACCUAGAUGGUACCAUUGGCGAAUGUGAUCCAACUUUAACAGACUACGUAGCAACAAGAUGGUACCGAGCUCCAGAAAUACUUAUAGCGAAUAGAAGGUACACCAAAGGUAUAGAUUUAUGGAGUUUGGGCUGCAUAUUAGCGGAAAUGACGGUUGGUAAACCUAUUUUUCCUGGAUCUUCAACUGUCAACCAGGUAGAGAAAAUUAUGGCUACCAUUCCAACGCCAACACCAGAUGAUGUAAAUCAAAUCUGCAUAUCAGGAGUGGGGUCGUCGAUGAUUCGAAACGCAUCGGCCGUCCAAAAAAUCCCCCUCCAAUCGGUGUUGGGCCCCAGCGCGCCUGCAGACGCCGUGAGUCUGAUCACCCAACUGCUCGUUUUCAACCCCCUUAAAAGACUGAGAGCUGAGGAGGCCUUGGAGCACGAGUACGUGGCGAGGUUUCACGAUCCGGAACAAGAAAUCGUGAUGCAAACCAACGUUAUUAUUCCUUUGAACGACGAUAUCCGGCUGUCUGUAGAUGACUACCGCAACAAACUGUACGAAUUGAUGUCUGCUCACCAUCACAGACCGUUCAUCAAUCCUGUGUCUGUAAAACAAAAGCCGAUCAUGCCACAAGUCUACUCCAAAGUUACCAAGAACGCGGAAAAAUAUAUAAAGUCGCACGUCAACCUCAAAGACCGGUCUUACGUGUCGCAGUCAGAACCUAAAAUGAGCAGUCAGAAGACGCACUGGCUGCACACCGCGAAUAUCAGGUCCGAUUCCAAGGUCAUCGUGGCACAGACUCUUCAACCUCCUGUGAAGCACAGGGUGGAGUCUGUUAAGGCCGCGGGGGAUCACAGAGUCCAGAUGAAGUCGACUAGCGAAGUGCCCAAGAGAAGAUUCGCUCCGGCUAAAAAUCACCUGUGCAAUUCUUUCAACAGCUUCAAUAAAAAUCACGGAAUCAUCACGCAGAGCGCCCUGAUGGAGCUUCGAGCGGCUGGGUUUCGAUAAAUCUCGUACUUUUGUAUUUAAACACAGUAUUAUUUUAUCACUUUUGUAUAAUAUACUGAAUUUUAUACGCAUUUUGCACCUUUCAUGAAUUUUACUAAUAAAAGGAGAGGAAAGUGGU